AUCCGGACCACAACUGUAACCGUAUCAUCGCUCCGCUACUACCCUUUUCUACCACUCCCCAGUCGGCAAAUCAAAAAAUCGAAUGCAAGCACAAGUCCAGACAGACUACACUGAAUCGGCAUUGCAUACAUGGUACGGUACUUGCAGGAGUAAGUCAGUCGUGCAUCAGAUCCUAUCACAUAGAAGCACCAGACCGGGUUACACGAAGCUGUUCAUUUUGUACAAUGGCAGGAAGUCGGCCCGGUUUACUGGUCUAGAAUCUCUUCCUUUGUCUUACCUCGGUAAAGCACUGCAUGUCUUCCCCAAUAUCUUACUUCAUCUAAUAAAGGCAGGAUGCUUCCUAUGUCGUCACUAUACUUACUUCUGGUCGUCUUACUCUUGAGGUAUGUGGAAUGCCAACUUUGGAACUCGAAUCGCAGUACUGAGACACCAAGCUUCCUCCACACGCAAUGUCUUCGGCUCCUCCAACAACCCAGGA